CCCCCCCAAAAGUUUUGCAGGGUAACAAACAUCCCUUUGGUUUUCUCAGCCAUGGAAAUAAUGCUUACACCUCUCCUCUCUCUCUUGUUUCUCUCCAUCCUUUUUCUCAAUAAUUUCUCAGAUGGUGCAGGGACAACAAUGACACUGUACAACAAAUGCAGCCACCCUGUUUGGCCCGGCAUCCAGCCCGGUUCCGGCAAGCCCGUUCUCGCCAAGGGCGGUUUUAAGCUUCUGCCAAACAAGUCCUACGCCCUCCAGCUCCCCGAAGGUUGGUCCGGCCGUCUCUGGGGCCGCCACGGAUGCUCCUUCGACGCCGCCGGACACGGCCGUUGCGCCACCGGAGAUUGCGGCGGAGCCCUGUUCUGCAACGGCAUGGGUGGGACCCCUCCGGCGACUCUUGCUGAGAUAACACUAGGUAAUGAGCAGGAUUUCUACGAUGUCAGCCUCGUUGACGGUUACAAUCUCGCCAUCUCCAUUACACCCUUCCGCGGCUCAGGGAAGUGCAGUUACGCAGGGUGCGUGAGCGACCUGAACAUGAUGUGCCCGGUCGGACUUCAGGUGCGGUCCCACGACAAGAAGAAAGUGGUGGCUUGCAAGAGUGCUUGCUUCGCGUUCAACUCACCGAGAUACUGCUGCACAGGUAGCUUCGGUAACCCGCAAACAUGCAAGCCUACAGCAUAUUCCAAGAUAUUCAAAACCGCAUGCCCUAAGGCUUACUCUUACGCGUACGAUGACCCAACCAGCAUCUCCACCUGUACCGGUAGCAGCUACUUGCUCACCUUCUGCCCUCACAGUUAACUUCUAGCUCGUUUAAUAUGUUUUAUUUUUUCUGUUUUACGAUCGUAAUCUUUAUAUAUAUUAUUGCACUAUUAGUAUUAAUAUUAUGAUCCUCGCUCUUAAUUACUAGAGUAGUAGUAUAACGUAUGAAUUUUGAUGGUGUUGGUAGAGCAAGUAUAGUUGCAUGGUAUUAUUGUAAUGUUUGUUGUGAUUUUAGCACACUGUUUAAGGUAUGUUUCUUUGCACCUAUUGUUUAUGUACUGUAUUAUCUUUGCUUU